AUGAAUCGUUGUGUUCAUAUUUUGGAAGCUGGAAUUAAGCCACUUCUUGUAUUUGAUUCAACACCACCCAAUUUGAAACUAGACACGUUAAGCAAGAGGAAAGAGAAACAUCCAUUGGGGAAGCCAAGGAGGCAGGUGAUAGUGAAGUAUUGUCUACGUAUCACGGCAAUAACAGUGUCCAUUACAUCCCCUGUAAUCAUUUUUGUACCCAUGCACUACCCAUCUCACGCAUAA